GAUGAAAAGAAUCAAAUGAUGACCACUAAUGUCUGGAUCAAACAGGAAUGGCAUGAUUUUAAACUUCGUUGGAAUCCCUUGGAAUAUGGGAAUGUCACCUCAAUUAGAGUCCCCUCGGAGUUUCUCUGGAGACCUGAUAUUGUCCUCUACAACAAUGCCGACGGAGACUUUGCCAUCACCCACUUGACCAAGGCCCACCUGUUCCACAGUGGCAGGAUCAAGUGGACUCCUCCUGCCAUCUACAAGAGCUCCUGCAGUAUUGACGUGACUUUCUUCCCGUUUGACCAGCAGAACUGUACCAUGAAAUUUGGAUCAUGGACAUUUGACAAAGCCAAGAUAGACCUGGUCAGCAUGGCCAGGCAUGUAGACCAGCAGGACUACUGGGAAAGUGGGGAAUGGGUCAUUAUCAGUGCAGUUGGGAAUUACAACAUCAAAAAGUACGAAUGUUGUCGUGAAGUCUACUCAGAUAUUACCUACUCCUUCCUGAUAAGGCGUCUCCCUCUGUUCUACACCAUCAACCUCAUCAUUCCCUGUUUGCUUAUAUCAUGUUUAACAGUGUUGGUCUUUUACCUCCCCUCAGAUUGUGGGGAAAAGAUCACACUUUGUAUCUCUGUGUUACUUUCUCUGACUGUCUUCCUACUCCUUAUAACGGAGAUUAUUCCAUCCACAUCCCUCGUCAUCCCUCUGAUUGGGGAAUACCUUCUCUUCACAAUGAUAUUUGUCACACUAUCCAUUAUUAUCACGGUGUUUGUGUUGAAUGUCCACCAUCGCUCCCCCCACACACACACCAUGCCAGGGUGGGUCCGAAGAUUCUUUCUGGAUUUUCUUCCUCACGUUCUCUUCAUGCAACGGCCAAUGGCUGUGAUCACAAACUGUAAUGAACUGAUCAUGCCAAUACAUGAAGCCUCGAGCUUUCCGAUGUACCCUCCCAAAGGUAAGGAAGAGCAAAACCAAAUCUUGGCCCAAGGAUCAGACCAACAAUCAGAUACUAACACAUCACUGACGACUCUGUGCAAACAUGGGAACAAGGUCAAGAGAACAGCCUCAGGCACAAAGCGAGAGUCAAAAGUGGCCAAGCGCAGAGAGCAGAAGAAAGCGACAUUAACCCCAGCUGUGAAAUUGGCAGUGGAAAGUAUUCAUUACAUUGCAAACCACUUACGGGCAGAGGAUGCUGAUUUCCUUGUGAAGGAAGACUGGAAGUACGUUGGCAUGGUGAUUGACCGUAUCUUCCUGUGGAUUUUUAUUUUAAUUUGCGUACUGGGAACGCUGGGCCUCUUCCUGCCUCCUUGGAUGGCGGGAAUGCUGUGA